GAGGUUUCAGAAGAGAACUGCGGCUACCCACAAGAGUGACUCACUACAGGAGAGCUGGCCAACCUAGUCUGCGAGAACCCGAGCAAGCGGCACUAACUCCCGAGAGUCUAAAGCCUUCCAUCCGUUCACCGAGACCUAAACGCGUUCUUACGUCUUGUACAGCGUCUUUAACUUCAAGAACAUGAAGGUCACGCAGAGUUCUGUCGCGGCAGUCGUCGUGUUCCUCACGUGUUUGGUCCAUGCCCUGCCCGAGGGAAAGGGUGGCUGUGACGGCACGUGCGCAUGUCCCGCCCAGCCGGUCACGUGUGUGCCAGGCGUGCGCCUAUUGGAGGACAGGUGCGGGUGCCGGUGUAAGGUGUGCGCGAGCCUGCUGGGGGAGGAGUGUUCGGAGAUGGCGCCGUGUGACGACACCGUCGGGCUGUAUUGCGACUACAGUGCGGACAAACCCACUGGCAUCUGCAAAGCUACGUUCCAGACGCCGUGCGUGUUCCAGGGGAAGGUGUACCAGAGCGGCGAGUCGUUCGAGCUGAGCUGCCGGGAGACGUGCGUCUGUCAGAACGGCGCUGUGGGCUGCAUGCCGCUCUGUCCGCAGGAGGUGAGGAUGCCGUCCGACGACUGUCCGUUCCCCCGGCUGGAGAAGGUACCAGGGAAGUGCUGUAAGCAGUGGAUGUGUGACUCCAAACCAAAGGAGCUCAGCGCCAAGGGACCCAUGCCUAUGAUCGCUGGGAAGCUGGAGAGGAAGCCAGAAAGAGAACAGGACACGAAACAGGAGAAGAGCCCGUACUACCAGAUGGACAGCUACCUGGGCCUCAUCCCCAGCCAUGGAGCGGAGUACCCUGAGCCCGUCGCCUGCCUGCUCCAGGCCACGUCAUGGAGCCAGUGCUCAGUCACGUGCGGGAUGGGCGUGUCCACGCGAGUGUCCAAUCACAACCCGGAGUGCAGGAUGCAGGUGGAGAAGCGCAUCUGUCAGAUGAGACCCUGCGAUCUGGAGUACCUCAACCACAUCAAGGACGGAAAGAAGUGCCGCAGCACCAUCCGGUCCAUGGAGCCGAGUAAGAUCACCUUCAGCUGGUACAACACGAGAUGCACCACAGUCAAGGCGUACAAGUGGAGGUGGUGCGGUGGCUGCACCAUCAGCGGACGUUGCUGCACGCCCUACAAGGUCAAAACCACCACCAUGGACUUCAUCUGCGAGGACAGAACCCCGAUCAAGCAGGACGUCGCCUGGAUCCACUCCUGCACCUGCCACAGGAACUGUCCACUAGCGUAAUGCGCAUGUCUGUACGCGACGUCAGAACUGUAAAUUUGAAUCGCCAUUUUGGUUGGGUGGGAUAGAGACUGGACAUUGUAAAGCAUAGUCAGGUGCUAUGCGAAGCAAAAUGCAGGCAUGCUUAGUCGGAGGGGAGUCGAAUGGUUAAAGAAUUGUCUCAAAUGUAAAUGUGAAUCACCACCAUCUUGGUUGGGUGUAGUAGUGGCUUGCCAUUGUAAACGCGCGGGCGAUGGUCUUAAGAUAAAGGAUAGUCAGGUGCUGUUGGAGUAUAUGAAGGUAGAAAUCAGACAUGCAAGGCGAAAGAGUUCGGUUGGUUGAAAAAUGUCUCUCAUGGUGACUUUAGACCAAUAUGGCGGGCGAUAAAGUACGACAGAGUCACGUGACUGUAAGCCCGUCUGGUCAGCACAGAUCUGUCACCGCCACCAAACAGCGACAUCUAUCGGUGGUAGGAUGUUCUGCAAAAUUGAUUGGCGAGCAUUGAGAAUAAGAUUGGAAAUCCGUCCAAAUGUUGUCAUCGAAAGUAUCAUGUUCGUUCAUUAGCUAGUAAUUAGAAUGAAGAUACCGUAUUGAAAAGAAAACAACGACAAGAAAACUUCGCCAGUUGAUGCUUUAAUUUGUAGAAGGUAACUCUAGCAACGUUGAGAGUAAAUAAUUCGAUGUACAGCGUUGGAUUAGAAGUUUGUAGGCAAUUGUUGAAUUAUAACGUAUUGUAGAAUUGUUCCUGUACUGUAUAUAUUGGACGAAAACCAGCUAUUUUUGUAAGUGAUAUCUCUGUAAUUUCUAGACGUUAAGCUUGAAACAGCGUAAAUUAAAGAGUAUGAUAAUAUCUUACAAGUCUAUACGUGUACAAGUCUAUAAGAUUAAUAUAUGACUUAAAUACUUUUAUAAUCAAAAGGGCAACUGUUUAAGUUUUGAGAUUUGUACGUAGCGUUUAAUUUGUAAAAGUCAUGUGAGUUGGAUAACAGUUAACAGUUACUAUUCAAUAGAAUAUAACUGCAGAGCACAACAUAUCUAUAGGAAAGUUGUUUUGGUCGCUUGCAGCAAAAACAUACUGUUCCAAAUUGGCGCUAGAAGUGUUGAACUUGACAUAUUUCCCAGGAAUGUGUGGAACAAACAGCUUGUUGGCGGCGACUUCAAGAAAAUUCCAGGACUACAUUUGUAUAUUGAACUUGUAUAUUGAAGUUGGACAUGUAAUCUGCUGACGAAAACAUGCCCAUAUCAUACGGCACGCAGACCGACUACAGUAAUGACAGAAGGGCUAACUUUGGCCCCACGUUCUCACAAAGUCAAGGACGUUUGUGCUCAUGUUGACAUAUGUGAUACUUGAGAUGAUAGUUCCCACAUGCACACGUAACCUACCGUGGCCUUAUGAGAUGUACAUGU